AUGGCCGACGUCUCCUCUACGAGGCUCUACUUGGGUAACCUUCCUCGCAAUAGUAUGCACACACCUCAAUCCAGUGUUCCUGUUUGGGUCAUUCCGGUCAGCACCAAUUGCACCUCUGGAGGAUCGAUACCACUUGAAACCUGGACGCGCUGCAUAGACUUCCCGGGCUGCGCCAUCACGAAACAGGAUAUUCAGGACCACUUUGGCACCCAUGGCACAGGCUCGAUCAAAGAGAUCAAAUUGAUGAAUGGCUUCGGUUUCAUCGAAUAUGAGGAUCCCAUGGAUGCGCGCGAUGUCGUCCCAGAUGGAACAGAGUUCAAGGGUGAACGUUUGACCGUCCAGUUCGCUCGUGGGCCUCGCCGCAAGGAUGAGUUCAAUGGCCCUUCGGACCGCAAUAUUCCACGGCCACGCCGCACCAUCUACCGCAUGCAAGUCACUGGAUUACAACCGGAUACUAGUUGGCAGGAUCUCAAAGAUUUCGCCCGCAACUCUGGUCAACUGGACGUUGUUUAUUCCGAAACCGGUCGUGAACGGGACGGUAAAGGCUUCGUCGAAUUCGAGACUGCAGCCGACCUCAAGACUGCUGUGGAAAAGCUAGACGGGCAAACGUUCAAAGACGCCGUUGUUCACUGCAUUGCCGAUAUCCAGGAUGAACGACCUGAUCAACGAAGCUACCGCCAGCGGUCACCCCCUCGUGGCCGACAUGGUCCAGGUGACGAUUAUCAUGACCGCCGUGGCCCUCCCCCGCGUGGCUGGAGCCCUCGAGGAUACCGAGAGCGUUCGCCUGGACGUCGCCCUCCCACCGACGACUACUAUGAUCGAAGUUACGACCGAGGCUACGCAAGACGCACUCCACCAAGAGACUACCCACCACCUCCCCCGAGAAGAUAUGAUGCGGAUCCAUAUGACUCACGCGGCCUGCCACCACCGCCACCUGUGCGAGGCUAUCCAGAUCCGUAUGCGAGGAACGGAGACCCGUAUGUCCGGCCCAGGAGUCCACCUCGAGGUUAUGGCUACGGUGGUGGUUACGGUGGUGGCUACGAUGAUCGUCGGUAUUAG